CGGGUCUGGGCCGCAGAUAUUAGCUGUAGUAGCCGUACACCGGUCCUCUGUCAUGUCGGAGAGAGCAGCGCAGUGAGCGCACACAGCCGCCGGUACCGAGCCCCUCCUUUCUCAGCUAAACUACACGUCCUGUUACCAGGGCCUCCGCCGUCCGAACCGUAAAGACUUCGAAUGGGAAAGCGGAACACCGCGCUCGAACGCGUACAGAAAAUGGCUGUGUCGCUCUCCGCCAUGUCAGAGAGCGCCCAUCAUGUAGCAGCAGCAGCUAGCGGCGUUAGCAUCAAUAGUACCGCACGAGUGCCGCCACCGCACGUAACGUUAGCUACUGCGAUACGUGUCGCCGUUUCCAUGGCGUCGGCGGCUUCUCCGGCGGCUCGCUCGCCCUCAGUCGUUCCGUUCCGGUCUUCGACGAGAGUUACUGGCCUGUGGUUAGAGCUGCGUCCCCCACAGCGGGUUAAACGGAGCUUUAGCGCGUGUUUUAUUGAAGUUUCGCGGUGCUGCGUGCUACAGGCCUAGCAGCCGUCUAUUAGCCAGCGUGAGCCAGGCUGCAGGUGUCGUGCCAAAAAGUGAUCGUCUGCCAGAAACUGAUCGCCGUCCUCGGGAGCGCGCGCGCAGUGUAUUAAAGUUGUAUAGCCCCCUUUGUAGGCGUCCACUGCUCCUUUGAUCUGAAUCUAACACGUGCAAAUCUAUUGAUGCUUUGAUCUGAAUCUGUGCAAAUCUAUUGAUCCUCUGAUCUGAAUCUGUGCAAAUCUAUUGAUCCGUUGAUCAUAUGAUCGGAAUCUAAUAUAUGCAAGUACUCGCACAUAGUCUAAUAUAUGCAAGUACACACACAUAAUUUAGUUUCUGCGGCAGUAACGAAGGCAAGUGAUUGUGAAACCUGCGACUUUAAGACACAAGCAAUUGUGUUAUCCUGUUAAAGGUAUCCUGUUUGUUGGCGUCACUGACGGACAGUGCCGCUAACGUUUGUCAAGCCCCUACAUUAACCUAUGAACAAUGACCAUAGUUGACAGAUCUCCAGAAAACUCUGGCCACGAGUCAGUCGGGUGUAAGAGAUCUCCCUUCUCCAGUGGAAAAGCUGGGACGUACGGCAGCUGUUCCAGCAGCCGGGCGGUGGGUCCCACCAUGCCCAGUGAUUCUCCUCGGCUGAAGGCUCCAGGAGGCUGCCUGGGCCCGACACCUGGAGCUGCCGUCUACAACAGUACUCUCUCAUCUGUGGACCGGCCCAAGGAGCAAGUGAUCAGCAAUGGUGAUGGCAUUGAGUUGCCACAGAAGGUCCUCUUCCCUCCAGAGCGCCUCAACCUGAAAUGGACCCAGGUUCACCGGAUCGGUGCUGGCCUCCAGAACAUGGGGAACACAUGCUUCCUCAACUCAGCGCUGCAGUGUCUCACCUACACUCCUCCGUUUGCUAACUACAUGCUGACACGCGAGCACUCUAAAACAUGUCACGAGCCAGGGUUCUGUAUGAUGUGUACCAUGCAAAACCACAUCAUUCAGGUCUUUGCAAACUCUGGGAAUGUCAUCAAGCCCAUUGGUGUGCUCAAUGAGCUCAAAAGGAUAGCAAAGCACUUCCGCUAUGGAAGCCAAGAGGAUGCCCAUGAAUUCCUGCGGUACACAGUGGAUGCUAUGCAAAAGUCCUGCUUACCUGGAACCAAAUUGGACAGGCAAACACAGGCAACCUCUUUCAUCCAUCAAGUAUUUGGCGGGUACCUAAGGUCCAGAGUUAAAUGUUUAAACUGCAAAGCAGUCUCAGAUACAUUUGAUCCCUUUCUAGAUAUCACUCUAGAAAUUAAGACGGCUACCAGCGUCUCAAAAGCUCUGGAGCAGUUUGUUAAGCCGGAGCAGCUGGAUGGAGAAAACGCCUACAAAUGCACCAAGUGCAAAAAAAUGGUCACAGCCUCAAAGAGAUUUACUAUCCACCGCAAUGCCAACGUGCUCACCCUCUCACUCAAACGCUUUGCAAACUUCAGUGGAGGCAAACUUACAAAGGAUGUGAAAUAUCCAGAGUACCUGGACAUGCGGCAGUUCAUGUCUCAGCCCCAAGGAGAAUCUCAUGUCUACGGCCUUUACGCUGUGCUGGUCCACUCUGGAUUCAGCUGUCACGCUGGACACUACUUCUGCUAUAUUAAGGCGAGCAAUGGUCAGUGGUAUCAGAUGAACGACUCCUCUGUGUCUGUCAGCGACAUCAAGACUGUUCUCAACCAGCAGGCCUAUGUCCUUUUCUACAUAAAGUCCAGUGAUGUGAAAAAAGCAGGGGACUACAGUCACAUGAACCACAACCGUGGUAUCCCUGGUCAGUCGUCACCACGCCCGGUGGUGACACCAAACAUCAACACCACCGUCCAUCACAACAACAUUGGCUUUAUAGGUCCCCAGCUGCCACCACAAAUGACCAAGAGCACUCACUAUGUCAAUGGGAAUGGAUCUCUGAGGGACUAUCCCACAAGCUCCAAGCCCAGCGCCAGCAGUAGUGUUGCGGAAAAACCUAACCAUGGACUGGCCUCUUCCUCCUCCUCCAUCUCCCACUCAAUCGGCCGGCCCACAAUGAUCCCAGUCCACAACAAACGUCAGAAGCUUUCAUUUUGCAUUGGACAAAGCAAGCAGAACCGCCCAUCCUCCUCCUCUUCCUCCUCCUCCUCCUCCUCCUCCUCCUCCUCCUCCUCCUCCACCACCUCCUCCUCCUCCUCCCCCUCUUGCAGCCAGCCUUCCUCUGCCAGCAGCUCCUCCUCCAGCUCUCUAUCCUCCUCACAGUCUACCUCAGACAUCCAUUCAACUGUUCGAUUCGUUCCACGUCAGCUUCCCCCCGUUAACGGCAGGUCUUGCAGUAAUGGCGAUCACCACACGGGAGGUAACGGAGCAUCGUUCCUGGUGCCGUAUGGCCAAGAGUCUUCAGAGGAAUCAGACCAGGAGAACUGUAGCGCUCUGGAUAAUGGCGGCUUAGCUAAGUCUCACCUCAACGGAAACAAUGGAACAGGAGGCGUCUUUGAGAAAUAUCCUCAAGCCACAAACAGACAGUCAGGAGUGCACCACAAUGGUAACGGAUUAUCAUAUGGCAUCUCUAAAUCUGGCCAAAACGGACACCAUUAUGGACAACACAAAGUUAAUGGACACAACACUUCUGACAAGAUAUCUGGCAUUAAUCAUGGAUCUUUGUCCUCUGUGGCUACCAUUGCUGCUAAUGGUGUAGAUGGUGACCAUAGUCAAACAAGCAAAGAGGCGUUUAAUUCAGCCUCGUCAUCACAGACCUGUUCGUCUCGGAGCAUCCAUCCUGCUGCCAGUGAAAGCCAACACCUCUCCCCUCCUCACAAAAGGGCUAAAAUUGUGUCUGACCCCCUGCCCCAGCAUACAGCUCCCUCUGCGGUUAGCAUUCCACCAUCAGCUACUGCUACAAAUACCCAUUCUGUUGCAUCUGGAGGAUCUGCUUCCUCCUCAUCACAUCAUGGCAACCCUGCGGCCUUAUCCACCCCGCCAGACUGCUCCCAGAGCACCAGUGGAGCAUCUGCUGCUCCACAGAAGGUUUGUGUAAGUGGGGAUGAAGCCAAGAACCUACCACAGAAAAACGGGCCGUCAGCAGGGGUGGAAGGACGAACAGAUGCCAAGGAGCAGCUACAGUCUAAGCCCAGUUCUGGGGGCAGCGACGGACAAUAUGACAGAAACAGAGACAGGCUGCACUCUGACUGGAGCAGAGACAGAGAGAGACACUACAGGGACCGGAGUCAGGAGCGUGAGAGUGACGGUGAUCGGUAUCGGCACAGAAGGGACUACCGAGAUCACCGCCACCAUCAUCGCGUGCACAGUGAUCAUUUGCCUCAUCACGAUCGACACUACAGGGACUCAGAGCGUCGCUAUGAGCGGACUGUCCACCACCCAAGGGAGCGCAAUCGCGACAGGUCCUCUCACCAUUACCACCGCCAUCGAUCCAGAGAGGACUGGGAUUUUGAGCGGAGGGGCCAUGGUCACUCUCACCGCGAGGAGUCUCGUGGUCGCUGGAGGUGGCAGCAGGAGAGUCGAGAAUCCCGGGUAACGAAGGACAAGAGCAACGGCAGAGAGAGGAACUCUUACCCUUCAAAAGAGGAGACUUCCUUUCCUGCCACAGUGUCAGAAACAUCGGCAAAGUACAAGGGCUUGCCGCCUCUGCCUCCUCUCUCCAAGUCGAGAUCAGCUCCGAACACAGACGAUCAAAAUCACAGGAGAGUUGCUGAUAAUCUGAAUAAGGAGAGAGAGGACAGCCCUGAAGCCCGUCACUCUAAAAAACAUAAAAAGAGCAAGAAGAAAAAGAAGUCGAAGGACAAAGACAGACACAGAGAGAGCGGAAGCUCUGACGUUGAUUCCGACAGAGUUGCGGAAAUAAAAAUGAAGAAGAAGAAAAACAGGCGGCAGAGGGAUGGCGAGGCCAAGCAGCACAGCCCAGGCGCCACACAGAGCCACAAGAACAGAAGCAGCGAGGAAAGGGAAAGCUGCAAGCGGAGUUACUAUGACACGGAGGACGCUACACACAACUAUGGUUUUUCACCAGAAAAGCGCAGGCGCACAGAUUACGCUGAUCCUAGAAAUGACCACCUACCCCUCUCCCAACACAUUUCAGCCACCAACAGUUCAACUCACCGCCAUCUCAAUGGACACACAGGAAACGGUUACAGUCGAACCAAUGGCAACUCCCACUGAUUCUCCAGUGGCCUCAAACAGUGACUCUGCACAUCGACACCAUUUUAACAGCAGAGGAAUGACAUCAACGACCUUUUGACAUGGUGCUUCUCCUUCGUUGAGGAAAAAUUGUAUUUUUACCAAAAGUUACAUCUUUUAAAAUGUUCCGAAUAUCUUUUUUUAAGGAGUUAAUUAUUUGCUGUAAUUCUCUUUAACUAUGGGUAAAAAAUCAUCCGGUCGAACAUUUAUGAUGAAAAAUAUUAAUAUAUACUCGUAUGAACACAAACAAAGCCUGGAGCUUAAAACAUCUCAACUGCUGCUCAGUGGAACUCAGGACUCGAAAACAUCCCGUUACGGAUUAUCCACCCGCUUCACAGACGAAUGAAACAAAAGGGAAGUUGCCUAGGAGACAAACUGUAAAGACAUAUUGAAUUAAAGUUUAAGAUUUCACCAUAUCUACAGAGCUUCUGAGUUUUUACAUCCAUCCCACUGGGAGCGGAUGAACUGCAGGAGGGAGAUUUUCGUGAACGGGGCAGGCGAGCGCAGUGGUGGGAACAAGCUUAGCUGACUGAUACCUCCACUUUAACCCUGGACAGACUUGAGGACAUUUCCCUGCUUACUUUUUUUCCUUUUUAAUUUUUCUUUGUUUCCAUUUUUCUUCUGAAGCCUAAGAUUCACUCUGUAAUUUUUAAACUUUUUUCACAAGACGAGGAGUUUUGUCUCCUCGACAUCACCACUUUCACACAUUAUUUUAAAUGUUCAAAAAGAAAAGCAUCCAGAAUUUAUCAUAGCUGUGGACCAUUUGUGUUUGCUUUUUAAUGAAAAACAGUUUGUGUCUUCUAGCGUCAUAAAAUAAUACUGUGAAUUUAAUUUUCAACUGUACUAUCAGUUAUUUUAUAUGUACAAAAAAGAUCCUGUAUCAGGAUUAGCAGUAGAUGUUUUGUUGUUUUGCUUUUGUUUUUAGAAAAACACUUUGUUAAUUUUGACCAUAUUUG